CAACGGCUCUCACACUCUACCACAAUUCAAAUUCUGCAAUGGCUCUCGAAGCUGCUGCAACCUCCAACGCUCUGAAAUCUAAUCGCUGCUCGAAUCCAGGAAAUGUUCGAAUCAUCGGGAAAAUUAGAGGUUUAACACACAGGGAAUCUGAAUCACUAAACCAAGACUCGAAGCCAUGGAUAACUGUCAAAAAUCCGGAAGAGAACGGCUCGUCUCAAAAGUGUAAAGUCUAUUUUGAGACUCAAUCUACCAAAAGGGUUGGUUAUGAGCUGGAUUAUUGCUAUGAACAACUUGAAGAAAUUGAUAGAAUAUAUACAAGGGAGAUACAACCUCUUGUGCGAGAACUUUUUGAGGGUCGAAAUGCAUCUGUCAUUGCUCUGGGAGCUAAAGGAAGUGGCAAAACUUUCACCAUCCAGGGAUCUCAAGAGAAACCUGGUCUAGCAGUGAUGGCAAUGUCUGACAUCCUUGCAAAGGCAAAAGAGACCGGAAAGUCAGUUUCCAUGUCUCUAUAUGAAUUAACGCAAGAAAAUGUGAAGGAUCUCUUGAACCCCGACCAUCCUGCUAUCAAAGUACUGGAUGAUGCUCAUGGCAAAGUCAAUAUUAUAGGACUUUCUAAGGUUCCUGUUAAUUCUAUUACAGAAUUUCAGAAUAUGUACAUUAGUCAGGUCUGUUCACAGAAUACUCAGAAAGUAGUAACUGAUCAGUCACACCAGAAGGGCUUGAUGGUGCACAUAUCGUCAGAUGACUGCAAAAUGAAAGUCAAGCUGGCCAACAAGAUUAAUUUUGUUGACCUAGCAGGCUAUGAAGAUCUCAGGAAACAAGGGACUACACCUGUUGAUAGUAAUAGGAAAAAUAAGUCACUUUAUGCGCUACUGAAUGUUAUUAGUGCUAUCAGUGCCAAUGAAACACGGGUGCCAUAUCGCGAUAGUAAACUCACUCGGAUUUUACAAGAUUCCCUUUGUGGAGGAAAUCGUGUUUUACUGCUGACUUGCUUGAACCCUUUCUUUUGUCAAGACUCUCUUAGCUCCAUAAAUUUAAUCUCUCAUCGUCAAAGCACCAAGCAAGUGUUGACAGACUCAACCAAUAGAAGUCAAACCCCAGCAAAAGUGAAAACACUUUCAUCAUUUCAAAGUGGGAAGACAAUAUCAGCUUCUGUAAGUGCAAAGAAGCCGUUUGGACAUAGUCAGCUCCAUUGUGACUCAACCAAUAGAAGUCAAACCCCAGCAAAAGUGAAAACACUUUCAUCAUUUCAAAGUGAGAAGACAAUAUCAGCUUCUGUAAGUGCAAAGAAGCCGUUUGGACAUAGUCAGCUCCAUUGUGCAGCAAAGGAUAGUCGCAACUUGAAGGGAAGGAAGCUCUUUGAUGAAAGGAAGAAGGUCAACUCUAAGCAGUUAACAUGCCAAUCUGAAGAUACUUCAUGCCACAAGUCCAAAAUUCCACCAAACCAUGCUUUAGCUGUUGCACCGUUUUCAUUAGAAGAGGCUACACAAGACAUAUUAACUUCAGAAUGUAGUUCAUUUGUGGAGCAUAUUAUAGAUUCAAAUUCUGAAGCACUUGUUUCACAAUAUUCUCCAAAGUUUGAGGGUACCACUUGUGCCACCACUGAUGAUCUAACUAUCUUGAUGAAAACGGAUAGUAAGGUAUGUGGGCUUGAAGAAACUCUUGACAACAUAUCAGAUUUAAAAGUUCAUACACGGUCUGAAUCAGAAUCAGCUACCACAUGCAAUGAAACAAAAUAUUUGUAUACAAAAGGUGAUGGAUCCCCACCACUCAGUGAAAGAAUUAGAGAAAUAUGUAACAACCUAAAGUCUCUAUGUGAACCAACUCCAUUGUCUAUAAAGAUGCCAGAUGAGAUAGCCACACCUUGUAACAAUGAAGUGAACUAUAAUGAUAAUCAAGAACCAAAGACUCCGGCAAUGGACCGUACCAGAUAUUGUACACCACAGGGUAUUUUUGACAGUUGCAGUUCUAAACUAAAGAAUUCUAUUGUCCUCGAGUACCUUACCUUUUUUAAUUCUGCCAACAAGGAAGAAUUAAAGAGCUUAAAGGGUAUUGGAGAGAAGAGAGCUACAUACAUUAUGGAAAUGCGCGAAGAAUCUCCUGAACCAUUUAAAAGUCUCGAUGAUUUGCAAGACAUCGGCCUUUCAGCAAAGCAGAUAAAAGGCAUGAUGAAACAAGUUGUUGGAGGUCUUUUCUGAUUUCUUAAUUUUUUAAUUUCGGUGUUAUAGGAAGAAAGUGCUUUGAUGAAAAUUUAAGAGACAAAGUUUGUGUGUGAUGCUGAUGUAUAUGAAACAACAUCUAUUAUUGUAACAUGUUUACAAGUCUCCCAUACAUAUA